UUUGUAUAUUUUAUCAGUAUUUUCAUACAAUAUUUUGUGAUGUUUUUUUUUUUGUGAAUUAAAAAUAAACGAUAUAAUGUUGACAUUUAUUAUGAAUACAAUAUAGGAAAUACUUUAAUAUGAGCUUAUUUUUUACUAAACCGAUAAAUAAUAGGUUUUAAUAAUCAUUUUAUUAUUAAAAAUGAGUGCCAAAAAAGGAAAAGGACCGGUUUUUGAUCCGGGCCUAUGCCGAUGUUGCGGAUCUAUUAAAAAAUGUAGACUUUUGAAUGUGGAAUACGAAAGUUUCGGUAAAAAGGAAAUAUAUUCAGACAUGAUAAUGGAUUGCUAUGGCCUACUCCUAUCCCAUUUAGAUGGCAAGCCAUCGGAACGUCUCGUGUGUGCUACAUGUGUACAGAGGUUGAGAGAGGCGUUCACCUUCCGGCAACAAGUUUUAAGAUGUGAAGAAGCAUUUUUACAAGUGAAGAUGUAUGACGAGGAGACCAAAGAGAAAAGUACAAAACCGGAGACAGGUGAGGAGAAAAUCGAAGUAGAAGUCAAAACUGAGCCACAAGAGAACGAGGAGGAUAAUUAUGUUCAAGAUUCACCACCGAGAGACGCACUGGCCGAUGAUAUGAACUACGAUGUAAAACCAGAGGCAAUGGCGCAGGACUCCUCAAACGACGACAUACCGUUACAGCAGAUAGUCGAUCGACCCAACAAAGUUCAAAAGGCGGACCUGGUCCAAGCAAACGGAGACCUCACAAGAAAUGUUGCAGAAACACCGAAGAUACCGAUGUCCAAAUUGCAACAGCGCAUGCGCGAACGAGACCCGUCCUACAUCACCGAAACGAACAUCCUCACAAUAGUGGAAUUCUCCUACGUGUGCCCGUUCAAGUGCAGACACAACCACCUCCUGUGCUUCUACUGCGGGGAGAACUUCUCCGACCCCGAACUCCUGAGGAGUCACACGUUGCACAACCAUCAUCCGAAGAAGUUCAAGAUAACGGAACACAAGAAUAUGCUCAAGAUAGAUCUGACCAGAAUCGACUGUCGACUUUGUCCAGAACGGAUAACGACGCUGGAUGACUUCAGGCACCACAUAUCAAGCGUCCACAAGAAGAAGUACUACUUCAACAACCGUGACCUUCUCCUGCCGUUCCGUUUGUGUAACAAUGAGUUCAAGUGCGCGCUCUGUGACUGUGUGUUUCCGUAUUUCCAUGCCCUGAACAAACAUAUGAACGAACAUUUCAGUAACUAUGUGUGCGAGACGUGCGGUCUGGGGUUCGUGGACCGGGGCAGGUUUAUAAUGCAUCAACAGAGGCACGAGGAGGGGGAUUUCCCUUGUGAGGUGUGCGGUAAAGUGUUCAAGGCCCAGUAUAACAAGGAAUUACACGUGGAUAGGGUUCAUAAGAAAAGAGGUAGAGUGUACUGCCCGAAGUGCGACGUGAGACUGAUGACAUACCCACAGAAGUUGAAACACUUGGUGGAAGUCCACGGCGAGGAGCCGCUCUCGUUUCCCUGUAACUUGUGCGAUAAAGUUUGCGAGACGAGAAGAAAAUUGACAAUUCACAGACGAAAGGAGCAUUUGAAGGAUUACAGAUAUGAAUGUCAAUGCUGCGGCCAGAAAUUCUUCACCCGUUUCGCGCUCACCAACCACAUGCCCACACACACAGGCGAGAGGAACUUCAAGUGUAAAGUUUGCGAGAAAACAUACCCUCGGUUAAAGACACUUAAGGACCAUAUUCGCAUACACACGAACGACAGACGCUACCGGUGCCAUAUAUGUGGGCAGGCCUUCAUACAGAACUGCAGUCUGAAGGGGCAUAUGAAGAGCCAGCAUCCCGAAUAUAGUUAAUU